AUGACUAACGCCUAUAUGCCCGUGACGCCCAAAGACGUGCCAGAGACAGGCUUCAGCUGCGUAGGGAAGGUGAUAGGAGGUUACUACGCCGACACGCACAUGGGCUGUCAGAUGUUCCAUGUCUGCACACUCGGCGAAAACGGCACCAUACGGGACAUCGUGUUCCGCUGUCUCAACGGCACGGUGUUCGACCAAGAGACGCGCGUAUGUGAGCGCGAGGAUGAGGUAGACUGCAGUAAAUCUGCCAGCUUCUACCACCUCAACAACGACCUGUACGGCCCCGGCAUUAUACCUGACACCGCACUCGAUCCCGAACCUCCUACGAGCGAUGUCGCCUCACUGGUGCUCGAUCCCCUUGAAGCAUUGAUGGGGGACACCCCUCCUCUAGAUUCUCUUCCUUCACCACUUCCCGAACCUCCUAUAGGACCAAGCACCUCAAAAAAUUCCCGCACCUUCUCAUUAGGAAUCCCUACCCUUCCCGUUGCACAACAAAAUUCUGCACCUCUCUCAUCACCCUCGUCCUCCACAACUUCAACAACCCCACAACCCCAAGCGUCUUCUUUCCGAUUCCCAACCUCUGCCCCCUCGGGUCCCGAGGGCAUUCCCUCAGGCGUCACGGCUUCCACCACAAGCAUGACCACUUCGUCUUCGUCGGUAGGCUUCUCAAUGCCCGCACCUCCUUUCACUGUGGUCAGUAGGCGAACCACUUCUUCGACCUCCGUUUCGGCGUCCUCACGCGUUCAUAUCCAGACCCCAAUAUCGCAAUUCUCUCUCGAUCAAGGCACGGAUAGUCAGAGGCACCCAGCUCCUCAUCUCCGUCCUUCUUUGUUAAGAUUUAUCCGAAAAGAAGAAGAAAAGCGUGACAGAGUUCGUCAAUCUUCUACUGUCGUUCCUCCUGCAACUCGAAGGCAACCUGCAGUUGGUAGACCCUCGACCAGUCAAGCUGAAGCUGACGAGACCCAGGAACGGAAUAGGAACCGACUGCCCUUGAGGGUGAUUUCAUCACUACAACCCUCUUUGUCUUCUAGACCAACUAAGACUCGGACUAAUACCCAAAGACUGCAAACCGUUCCAACGAAACCGGAAAACGACUUCGCAGUGCACGGGGAUUCUCAGGUCUUGGAACAAGUUCAAGAUCAAAUCGUGGAUCAAGUCGAGGAUACAUCAAAGGAUUCACUUGUGGACGCAAUUGCACAAGAAGAUGCCAUCGAAACGACGACAACCACGACUCCAGCGCCAAUCGUGUUUCCGGAAACGAGCUUCACGUGUGAAGGCAAAGUCCUCGGCGGACUCUACGCAGACAUCGAGGCUGGUUGCUUCAUGUUCCACAUCUGCUCACCAGAACUCGACGGCAGUUCACUGGACAACAAGUUUUUCUGCGGCAACGGCACCAUCUUCGACCAGGAGAGCCGCACGUGUCGCGAUCCUUCAGACGUCGACUGCCUAAACGCCGAGAAUUUCUACCACCUCAACGAGCACUACAGACAUCCUGUUCCUGUGGACAUCGCAUCGUUGCUCCCGGAAAGUCAGUUUGAUUUCCCACGUGUUGACGGCGCCGGUCCCGUUGUAGCAGUUGCCCGCCAAGAAAUUCCUGCUCCCGUCUCCGGUUCUGCCAUUAAUCCACAACGCAGCCUCGCUCCCAGUCCUGUUUCCCAGGUCCAUUCUCUGACAGCUCCAAAUGCAAGAGGCUCCCAAGUGAUUUUUUCAAAGACUCUCAACUUCAACAACAGGAAUAAGAGAUCUCUUCGAGGUUCGUCGGGCAAGAAGCAAACCUCGAGCGUGAAGGCGGACGAUCCUCUGUGCCGGACUCGUCCCAUGGGCUUCCCGGUCGCUGAUAUCGCUGCGUCGUGUCGCUCAUAUUCAAUUUGCAAGAAAACUCACAGCGGCCAGAAACUCAGAGUCACGCAUUCUUGUACCCUCGGAACCGUCUUCUCCCAGAGGGCUAAGAAGUGUAAGCUCCCUCACAAAGUUCGGUGCGUGAACGAGGUUCUCGAGGAAUUCUUAUCUCCUCGUGGUCCUAUCUCGCCAGUCGAAGAUGAUUCUUCAGAAAACAAUGUUUUCGGGACACAAAAAAUUCCUGGGAGGAAAGAAGACCCUCUACUUCUACAGUCACUCGUUAAAGAAGGUAAAUGGAAAUCAUCAAAAUCUUUCAGUAAGUCCGGCUCACUGUUGGUCUCGCAUAGGUUACGUCGAAGCGCUCUACCACCUUUAGUUAACAGCGUUCAUUCUCUGAACGAGAUGGAGGACGCAAGAGUUCGACGAGCGCUCUACAGCCUCGCUACACUGCAGGAAUGGAUCAGGAAGAACGGAUACAGUUCGACUUUUGUUGAAAUGUACUCGCUUCACGAUGCAGACUCGUCGGGAUUCGUGAAAAAGAACAAGAAUAGCGGCAAGCAACUGGCUUCGCUGAGCUAUCCAGAAAUUUCCUUGGCCAAAAGAAGAAAGCGAAGUUCGUUUUUCACUCAGUUCGGUCCCAGGAACGAGGAUUUUUCUGAAGUUCGUCACGUAAAUGAAAACCGGCCUAUAUCGGUUUUCGACAUUAUGGGAACCCUGGAUAUUGGGCACGUAAAUGAAAAUAAAAACACAGUUAAAAUAAUUUCCGGUUUCUCUUCAGUUGUAACUUCUGCUAAUAAUGUAAAUGCAUCAGAAGACGAGGAGAACGAAAAGGGAAACGAAAAGGCUGCUCUGAUAUCAAAUACUAGCAAAAAUACAAAUCAGCUGCCGCAGAAUGGUUUCCGGGCUAAGGAAAACGCUAAUAAUUUGGGUUCGACCGUUGAAUCAUCGAACACAAGGUCACCUGAAACAUCAACGACAGUUUCAUCAAUCAUGCCCACAACUGAUUCUCCUGCUGGGAUCAAUGGCGAUACAACAGUUUCAGACAAGGAGCGAGAAUCUGCUUUCUCGGUUUCACAAGCAGCUGUUUCCGACACCCGACAGACUCAAGACGAGUUGGCGGAUACGGUGUCGGAUGAAAAAAUGAUGUCAUCGCCAUCACUUAGCUCGGCAACUGCAAUGCUUCCCAAUAAACCUACGGCUGCGAUUCAACCGGUCCCUUCAAACGAUCAAUUCAACGAUUCAAAGGCUGGAGAUGAACUUGCUACCACGCCUGAAACACUAAACGGCUCUGUUACUACCUCUGAAGUAAUUGAAUCCACUGGAGCUCCCGAAACGAUCGUCGAAGUAGAUGAUUCUGCUACAUCGUCUGGCACGGUUCUUGACGGUAGUGAAAUGUUGAACCAGAGCUCUGUCGAUGUUGAACCGACCACUACAACGCCCGUCGUAAGCGACGUUGCGGCGAACAGAUCAGUUGUUACUUCUGAAGUAACGACUACUGCAAUCCCUCCUGCCGGCGCAGCUGGUAACGCUACAUCAGAGGUUGGAGAAUCGACUAGUAACGUUACACUAGAAUCAACUCCUGAUGCACCUACCAGCACGCCUGAAUCGCAUCCUUCCAUCACGAAAAAUAAUAUACCGGAGACGAACUUUACUUGCAAAGACAAAGAACUCGAGCAGUUUUAUGCCGAUCCUGAAGCGGACUGCAAGGUUUUCCACUAUUGCUCUCCUGGAUUCACGAAAGACAAAGUGCUUGAUCUUCGAUUUCUAUGCACAGGCGAAACUAUUUUUGAUGUGAAAACGCAAAAAUGUGGCAACAGCAGCGAAGUAGAAUGCGACAAAUCUGUCGUAUCCUCAACUACCACAACUCCGUCCACGUCUUCUACCACUACUACCGCCAGCACCACUACCACUACUACUACCACGACCACAACCACUACGACCACCACCACCACCACAACUACCACUACGACCCCUCCUCCGACGACCACGUCAACGACUACCACAACUACUACCACCACUCCUCCACCACCGUCCACUCCGCUUCCUCCAGAAGAAGAGAGUGAAGUAUUGGAUCAUUCAAAACCUGACGACUCUAGCAAGACAAAUGGCGAAAUUAAACACAGUGAGGUGCCUCAUAAUUGGACUAGUGGGCUCGGAAACGUCACUAAGCUUGAGCACGGACUGCAUGAAAACACAACUGCUUCUUCUAGCGAAUUUUCUGACGAUGUUCAUGCAGUUCACGAGGAAUCGCUGAAACUGUUGACUGAAUUUGCUUCAGAAUCAUUUACUACCGAACAAAAUUUUGACAAUUUCGAAACCGAGGUUACACCGGCAGAAGGUGAUUCGAAAGCACAUGGCAUUAAAAUGUCCGAAGUCGAAGAGACAAUCUCAGCUGCUAUCCAUGGAAACGAGGCAAUCGGUUUGGAGGAAAUCACGACGAUAUUACCCGAGGACGUAACGGAACUUUACUUUCCAGAAGAUGCUAAAACAAUUUCAGAAUUCAACGGUUUAGAUUUUGCAACAGAGUUGCCUGUCGGUACCGAAUUUCCAGUUGAAACUUCUGCCAAGUCCUUGAUUGGUGUUACUCCAGAAGCAAGAGUAGACUCAGCUGCUGAAUCGGAUGUUGUUACUCAAUCAUUUGAGAAAGUUAUUGAUGCUGUAGCAGCUCAAGAUGUACCAGAAAUUCAGUCCGGGUUCGAAGAAGCUGUAGAAAGUAUCACGUUGUUGCCAAAUUCUCAGGAAUUGUUACAAACAACAAUGGCCUCAGAACCUCAAGUUGAAGGGAAAAUAGACGUCCUGGCGCCUACUGUUGAAGCUUCUGUGAAGUCGGGAGUUGUACCGAAGAUUGACGUUACUUCUCAGGCGACUCCCCCGGCAAUCGCAAUUAAUGAGAGAGUCAACGAAACCGUUUCUUUUCAGAACAUUGAGGCGAUAACGCACGAGAAUAAAACCGUCACGGUUGAGAAUCAAAACUUCGAAACUGACGUUACGAAGGGAGCAGAUAUUUUAGAGGUGAUUAAACUUGAAAAUUCCGGAAGCAAAAGAAUCGAAGAAGUCAAAGUCGAAGAAGAAGUUACUGGAGACAGCGAAGCAAAUUCAUCUAGUAUAAAUUCAGUUUCAACGAAACCUAUAUUGACCACUGAAUCAUUGGUAAAAACAUUUAAUAGUGCCACGGACGCAACACGUACGAUAAAUUCAACAACAGAGAUUCCUCCUUUCGCCGAGACUAAAGUGGAAGAACUUGUCUCUGUUAUGGCAUCUGAUGACAGUCGAGACCAUGACCAUCCUGUGGCGCUUUCUUUUGAAAUAGCGGAAUCGUUAGCCAAUAAUAAUGAUGAUUCACCAGUCAUUCGUUAAACUCAUCGUAUUUCUUUGUUUUAAAUGAAAAAUUUUCUAAUCCUGAAAUUCAUUUACAUGGUUGACAUACUUUGUUGUUCCUUCGAUGUACCACAAAUAUCCUGCCCAGGACACCAAUUUUAUUGGUCUCUGCAGCCGGAUGUUUCUCAGACUACUUUCAAGUCUUAGUUGUCGGUGGAUUGUUAUUUCUUCAUUCGAUAAAUUUCUGGCUUUUGCCUAUUUAUGUAUAGAUUUUGUCUCAAAUUCCUUCUAUUUACUCAGCCUAUUCUUGCAGCACGUUUUGUUUUUAAUGCACGUUUUUAGAACUGAGCUUUGGAAGGCUUAUCAACUUUGGAUCCUACUUACGCAUUCCGUUGACCAGUUCCUGUAUUUUGUUGUUGUCGUUAUCACAUUAAGGUAUCACAGUGAAUUCACGUUUGUUUCUUCGCAGAACAACCUUCCUAAGCUUCUGCUCGAUCACGAACCAUCAUUCAUUAGAUUAAUGUAAGUACGGCAAAUUUGAUGGAGUUUAUGUCCCGCAUCAGUUGGCGCGGGAGGAAACUUCAAUGCCUAGUCGGAUAUAUUCACUAGCUGAGACACACAGGCAUUGGAGGAAGUUAUCUAAAUAGUUACCUACGUUCUAUUGUCAUUGUUUCUAUGCCAACUAUGAAGGCUAGUGCCAAAAGAGGAAUAUCCUCUCUGUCGUUCGCACGAUCGUUCUACUCGGUGCAUCGUAUCUGCGUGUUGUUUGCUUGUGAUUCACUGUCCAAGGUGAAUAAUUCGUCCAUUUAUACCAAUAUCUCCGCCUAGAAUUUAACGUGGACCCUUUCAUGUUGAUGAGCAGAGAUCAGUCCGCUUUUUGCUUGCAGUUCAUUUAUAUAAUGUAUAUUUACAUGGAGCGAGAGGGUUAAAAGAGCUCAUUGAUGCUCAAUAAGAGGAGUUCUCUUGAAAAGAUUUUUUGUUUUAAGACUCGGACAAAUAUUCGUGUAGAAUAUUUGAAUACUAAGCUGUUGGUAGUUAUAUACACUUUUCUGUUUAUCACGGUGGUAUCAAUGCGUGUAAAUUAUUCUGAUUAUUCUGCGUAUAAUGUACCAGCUCGAAGACGCCAGGAAUAGCGCAGUUGCUAAUUGGCCGAGUGAUUUUUGUUCUGGCUUAUUCCUACGAGGGACGAGUGAUGGAUUUUGAUGCAACAGAAAAAUGCUACUCGGGAGGUGAAGCAUCAAGUGAUAAUUAACCCCCCUGAAAUGAAACUAUGCAUUUGUCAGUCGGUGUAAACUUUGGAUGGAAAAUUAAAGUGAAUUGAAGACAAUGUUGCGAUAUGUGAGGGUGUACUUUAUGGAAACUGGACAGAACACUUGGAAGUGUCCAACCGAAAGUGAUACAUGUGUAAACUAUGGAAAGUGACACGUGCUACCGAAAAUGUGCGAAGUGUUUUCCAAUUGUGUCUUAGUGUUAAAAACUCUCUGUGAUAGCCAGCUUAGCGUAAGUGCGACCAGCUUGGAAACGAGCUUUGUCACUUUUUUGAGAAGAAGUUAUUUGAUUAAGUUUUUAUAUUUCAUUUUGGUGAAUGACUUGCUCAGUUUCUAGGUUUUAUAGUACGCGUUUAUGAUGACUUGGUUUUAGACUAGAACUUGAACUCGGUGUUUUUUAUGAUAUUUAUUCUCCAAUUGGCCUUCAAAUUAUGCGGAGGGUUUCUAAAUAUUUUGUUGAAUGAGCCACAAAAGAAGAGAUUGGUCUUUUUCAAAAUUAGCUUGUUUUCUAAGUGAUUGCAAGGUGUAUUUCUAUACUAAAUUUCGCACAAAUUUUUUUGUUCUGCUGGAAAAUUUGUAU